AUGGAUCCCAAGAUGGAUCCUAAAAUGGACACCAGGAAGAUAAGUGCCCAGCGUCUUCCCCCGCCUGUCCUCUUCCAGGGCCCGCCGUCACAUAAUGCCUCCAAUCUCUCUCUUCCCCCGCCAGUAUCUGCUGUUCCGUCGACGGGAGUCUCUCCGCGGCCGCCUUUGCAACGCAAUCGCUCGUCCCGGGCGGGAACCCUCGAGGCCCCGGGGUCCCUUUCGCCAUUCCUGACUCGCAAGCAGUCCAAGGGGGAGGUGGAUGGCUCCGAGGCCAUAUGGCAGGAGAUGCAGAGCGCAUUGUCCGAGGUCGAGCUGAGCGCGGCAACGGGCGAACAUGUUUUUGGGGAGAAGCACUCCGAGGCGCUGGAAGAUCUCCGGACAAAGCAGCUGAAGCUUGCGCAGGCGUGGGCACGCAGCGAAGCCGGAGACGAGGUUGUGGAGACAAAAGGUGCUGUUGCCGCUGCUGCUGCUGCCACGGCAAAGAGUAAUGCGUCGCUGCGACCGGCGUCGCGAAGCACGGCUGGGCCGGGCGAUUCUGCUAAUCCUGAGGAUGGAUCUUCGCGGAAUCUGGAUGAGGAGACGGAAAAGGAUAUCCUCCUCGCACGGGAGAGACGGGAGGCUAAUGAUCGAUACUUUGACCGGGUUAAUAAUGGUGUCUUGGAUGUGGUGGCUAAGCUAGAGGAAGUCGCUCAGGCUAUGCGCGCGGUGGAAAGAGAGAGCAAAGAUAUCUGGAGCGAUACCGAUAGCAUGAGUACAACGACGCAGACCACGACUGAUACUGGAAAAAUUUAUAUGAACAAAACCAAGAGGGUAUCUGAAACUUCAUCUCCAUCAAGCCCACACCCACAUCAGCACCUAACACAAACCAUGAAUAAAAGGCAGGAUCAGGACAAGUAUUCAUCUACUCCUUCUUCACCAACCUCAUCACCGUCUUCCACCCCUCCACAGCCGUAUCCCGCGCAUCCUCCCACCGACUCUCAUACGCCUUCCUCGCCAACGUCUCGACCUCCUGGUUCCAGCGAUGUUUCAAAAAGUCCUUCAAGGCGGGUUUCGUUGCCCGGUCUUCUUGCUCACCCGGACGCUUCUGGGUCUCCUGAGGCAGUAAGCGACGGUCGUAUGCGCCUGCCGAUGAGGCCAGCCAGUUCAGCGCACGGGUUUGUUCGCGAAUGGCAUUGCGCUGUUCCAGGCGAUUGGCUUUGUGUACUUGGAGUGAGAUGUACAGGACGGAGGUGGUGA